UUCACAUGAUAAACAUUAAACACAAAACAUAAAUGUAAAAAGUGCAAGUUGCUGUGUUACAAAGCAAGUUCUAUUUCCAUCACUGCAAAGUGCUUAUACUCAUUCUCCAAUCAAACAUGAUUAAAUCACUGUCUACUCUUCUUCAACCUCUUGAUGAGAACAGUGUUUUCCCAACUUCAUUCAUCUGGGUAUCCAUCAAAAUGUAAUAUUUGUUCAAUUUCAAUGACUUUUUGGUGCUUUCAGAUGAUGGGUAUGGACAAAGUUUGAAUCUUUUUUGUGAAAUUUUUGUUGGGUGGUUUGAAUUUUGAGUGAAAAUAUGAAAAAGCAGUUUAUGGUUUUGUACCUUGUGUUCUUUUGGAUUUGGGUGAUUCUCUUUUGUGGUAUUGCUCAUAGUGGAAGGCUUGAAAGUGUGAACAUUGGGGCAGUAUUUACCUUUGAUUCGGUGAUAGGUAGAGUUGCAAAGGCUUCUAUGGAAAUGGCUGUUUCUGAUGUCAAUUCUGACCCAACUGUUCUCAAUGGGACUAAGCUCAAUUUGAUAAUGAAGGAUGGCAUGUGUAAUGCCUUUUUGGGAUCAACUGGAGCUUUUCAGUUACUUGAGCAAGGAGUUGUAACCAUAAUUGGUCCACAAUCAUCCGCCAUGGCUCAUUCGAUUUCUCAAAUAGCCGAUGCUGUCAAAGUUCCCCUUAUUUCAUAUGCUGCAACUGAUCCAACCCUAUCAUCCCUUCAAUUUCCUCUCUUUUUUCGUACGGUACAAAGUGACUCAGAGCAAAUGGAAGCAAUGGCCAAUCUGAUCGACUUCAAUGGAUGGAAAGAGGUCAUUGUUUUAUUCUUGGACGAUGAUUAUGGAAGAAAUGGAAUAUCUGCUUUGAGUGAUGAACUUGAAAAAAAGAGACUAAAAAUUGCUCACAAACUAGCUUUGAGUAUUUAUUUUGAUCUAGAUGAAAUCACUAAGUUGCUCAAUCAAACCAAAGUAUUUAGUCCCCGUGUGUUUGUCGUUCAUGUCAACCCGGAUCCAAGAUUGAGAAUUUUUUCUAUUGCUCGCAAACUUCAAAUGAUGACCAGUGACUAUGUCUGGCUAGUCACAGAUUGGCUUGCUGCUACCCUACAUUCAUUUUCACCGGCGAAUCAGAACUCUCUUAGCAUUGUCGAAGGAGUUGUUGGUCUUCGUCAACACACUCCGGAUUCUAGAAAAAAAAGAGCUUUUAUUUCUCAAUGGAAAAAGAUGCAAAAAGAAGGUGUAGCAAAUACUAGUUUGAACUCCUACGGAUUUUUCGCUUAUGAUACAGUUUGGACAGUUGCACAUUCGAUUGAUAAAUUCUUGAGAGUAUAUAAUAACAUUACUUUCUUGCCUCAUGAAAACAAUGAGGUACGUCAUACAGAAGGGAUUGGUAUUCAGCUUGAGAAGCUCAAAGUUUUAGCUGGUGGAAAUGAUCUUGUUAACAUAUUAUUACAAUCAAAUUUUAGCGGCGUGAGUGGUCAAAUUCGGUUUAGUUCAGACAGAAGUGUCAUAAGUAGUGGUUAUGAUGUUAUCAAUAUUCAUCAGAUGAAAAUUAAUAAGGUUGGUUAUUGGUCUAAUCACUCAGGUUUUUCUGUUGUACCACCUGAAGUUCUUGCGAAAAAGGAACAUCGUAUGCUUUCGAUAGAUCAGAAGCUCAACAAUAUUACUUGGCCAGGUGGGAAAACCGAAAGACCACGUGGGUGGGUGAUUGCUGAUAAUGGAAAGCCACUGAGAAUUGGAGUGCCAAAGAGAGCAAGUUUUGUUGAAUUCGUAACUGAACUUCAAGAUAGUCAUCACGUUGAGGGUUAUUGUAUCGAUAUCUUCAAGAAAGCCUUGGAAUUUAUUCCAUAUGAAAUUCCUUAUGUAUUCAAGCCUGUUGGAAAUGGUAAAGCAAAUCCCAAUUAUGAUACACUUGUGAAAAUGAUUGAUGAAAAUGUAUAUGAUGCAGUUGUUGGAGACAUUGCGAUUGUGACGAACCGGACGAAGAUUGCGGACUUUUCUCAGCCUUAUGCGUCAUCUAGCCUUGUUAUAGUGGCUCCUAUCAAUAGUUCAAAAUCAAAUGCUUGGGUAUUCCUCAAACCAUUCUCAGCAGAUAUGUGGUGUAUCAUUGCUGCAUCAUUUAUGAUGAUUGGAAUUGUUAUAUGGAUUCUUGAGCACCGAGUCAACGAUGAUUUCCGUGGUCCUCCUAAGAGGCAACUUGUGACAAUAUUUAUGUUCAGCCUCUCAACACUGUUUAAGACAAAUAAUAACACUGUAAGCUCACUUUCUAAAAUGGUGAUGAUAGUCUGGCUUUUCCUACUGAUGGUGAUCACAGCUAGCUAUACAGCAAGCUUGACUUCAAUUCUCACAGUGGAGCAGCUUUCGUCGCCGAUCACAGGAAUUGAUAGUUUGAUUGCAACUAACUGGCCAAUUGGAUACCAAGUAGGGUCAUUUGCUUACAGCUAUCUGACAGAUAAUCUUUUUGUAUCGAGAUCGAGACUUGUUUCGUUAGGCUCCCCUGAGGAAUAUGCUCUAGCACUUCGGAAUGGACCGUCUAGUGGUGGGGUAGCAGCUAUUGUUGAUGAGCUUCCGUAUGUGGAGUUAUUUCUGUCAAAAGAAACUGAAUUCGGUAUUAUUGGUCAGCCAUUUACCAGAAGCAGUUGGGGAUUUGCUUUUCAAAGAGACUCGCCUCUAGCAGUCGACAUGUCAACCGCAAUUUUGAACCUAGCUGAAAGUGGAGAGCUUCAAAAGAUACAUGAGAAAUGGUUUUGUAAGAUGGGUUGUCUUGGUGAAAGGAAAACAGACCCUAAGCCUGACCAACUUCACCUGAUCAGCUUUUGGGGUCUAUAUCUCUCAUGUGCUGUCAUCUCUCUCGCCGCGCUUGUUCUGUUUCUGCUGCGAAUGAUUAACCAAUAUGUCCGGUUCAAACAAAGACAAAAGGACGCUGCUGCUUCAUCGUCAGAACCACCGGAGAGUCAUUGUUCCCGGGUUGUUGUUAACUUCUUUAACUUCAUUGAUAAAAAGGAAGAUGCCAUCAAGAAAAUGUUCACUCAAUGUGACAAUCCUCACAACCCCCCAACUGAGAUGUGAUUAUUAUUAUUAUUAUCAGUGAACUGCUGUAACUCAAACUUGAAAUAAUGAUAACCAUGUAUAUUUAUGUGAAGAGCACCAUUAUUUUUUCA